GUGAGACUUCCUGUACAGACUGAAGUUGCGUAGUGUUUGGUUUAACAUUGUUUAGAAGUAUCUUCAUGGGUAACAUUACGUUUUUUAAUUAAUAGUUUAACCUUAUUUUGGAUAUUCAUCCAUAACUUUCAAAUUGAAGUAGAGGACGUGAAGACCAGGGAAGGUGGGAAAAUGGCAGAGUCCAGAGAUCAUAAUCAGUUUAAACUCAUCACCACAGAGAAAAACAAUCGGGUGAUGUUGGUGAGGACGUCAUCCUCUCCUGUCACCUCUCUCCUGAGACCAGUGCUGUUACCAUGACAAUCAGGUGGUUUGAGUACACAGAGUGUAUUUACCUGUAUAAGAAUGGUCAGGUGACAGAGAGGAGAGGCUAUGAGGGCAGAUUGAGUCUGAACACCCAGGAGAUGGAGAGAGGAAAUGUGUCUCUGAGGAUGAAGAACACACAGGAGUCAGAUUCUGCAGUCUACAUCUGUCAGGUCAUCCAUGGAGAACAGGAGGAGGAGACUGUAAUGUAUUUAGAUGUCAAAGAAGGAAGUAUGUUACGGGGGCUUAAAGACUAUUUACAACAUGAGACCCAGGUGGACAAGCUGAUGAGGGAGACAUCAGCAGAUGAACUUGAGUCUUACAAAGAAAGACUAGAAGAGAUGAAGCAGACAUUGAAGGAAUUUGAAGAGAAGAUAAAAGAGAAGGAUUCAAUUCUGGAGGAGAUGAGUAAAGAACUGAAGGACACGGAGACCAGACUGGAGAAAACUACAAAACAACUGAAUGAGAACAUCAAACAUAUUCUGGAGAAAGACACUCAACUGGAUGAAAUGACCCAGCAAAUGAGAGAGAAAGAGAGACAACUGGAGCACUCUGUCAAAGAGGAGGAGAAGACAAACAGACAACUGGAGAACUCUGUCAAAGAGGAGGAGAAGACUAAGAGACAACUGGAGAACUCUGUCAAAGAGGUGGAAGAAACUAAGAGACAACUGGAGACACUGGGAAAGGACCUGCAGGACAAGAACACCCAAGUAGAGAACUUAAGAGUCCUACUGCAGGAAAAAGACCUUCAACUAGAGGACAGGAACCACCGACUGGGAGAGAAAGACAAACUACUGGAAGAGAGAGAAGGAGAACUAAAGGAUUGGAGGCAGGAACUAGAAGAGAAAGAUAAACUACUAGAGAAGAAAGAAAAACAGUUAAAGGAAAAAGACAUACAAGUGGAGGAUGUCAACAAGGAAAAUGAUAAACUGGCUCAACAGGUAUGUGAUGUGAAGACUGAGAUGGAGAGACUAAGAAGAGAGACCUCAACCCAGAUGACUGAACAUGGAGACACUUCAGAUACAGGAUCCAGAAUCCCACUCAGGAGGAGACGCAGUAUUGGAGAUCCUCCAGACAUGGGAGGAGAGAGCAGCAGUCCAGACUCCCCAGUGUCUCCCAGUGGGUCUGAGCUGAGACUGGUGCUGCUGGGGAGGACUGGUGCUGGGAGGAGGGCAGCAGGAAACACCAUCCUGGGCAGGGAGGAGUUUGGGGCCCAGGCCAGCCCCUCUGCAGUGACCCAGAAGAGUGUGAGGAGAGAGGGGGAAGUGUGUGGGAGACACCUGGUGCUGGUGGACACUCCAGACUGGUUCUGUCCUGGACUCUCUCUGGAGGAGAUCAAACAGGAUGUGGGGCUCUGUGUCCGUCUGUCUGCCCCGGGAUCCCACGCCUUCCUCCUGGUCAUACCAGUGGAGCCCUCCAAGGAGGAGGAGAGAGGGGUGCUGGAGAGAAUGGAGGAGAGGUUUGGGGAGGGGUGUUGGGGACACACUGUGAUUCUAUUCACCCAUGAUGACAGCCUGAAAGAGCAGAGCAUUGAGGAGUUUCUCCAAGUAGGGAGUCAGGACCUCCAGGAGGUUGUAGAGAAGUGUGGGAGCAGAUACCAUGUCCUCAACAUUAAGGACAGGACCCAUGACACUCAGGUCCCAGAGCUGCUGGAGAAGAUAGAGGAGAUGGUGUCAGGAAACAGAGAGAGCUUCUACUGCAGUCAGACCUACCAGGAGGCAGAGGUCCAGGUCAGAGAGAUGGAGAGAAAGAUCCAGAGGGAGAUGGAGGAUAGGAAAUUGAGACAUGAAAUAGAGACAAGAGAGAGAGGGAACUGCAAGAAUCUCUGAAGGAGAAAGAUGUAGAAAUACAGAACCUCAACGAAGAAAUUACAAUACUGAAGGAACAAAUUACUGAUCUAAAGAGACAACUGGAAGAAGAGAGAGAUGAGGAGAAGAGGAGAGACCUGGAGAGGAGGUUGAAGAGAGAGUAUGAUAGGAGGAAAGAGAUGGAGAGACAGUUGGAGAAAUGUAUAGAGGAGAAAGAGAAUGAGAGGAAGGAGAUGGAGGAGAAACACAAACAGGAGAUUGAGGAGAUCAUGGAGAGAUAUGAAGGAGAGGCCAGAGUUGAAGCAGAGAGAAACCUGAUGAAGAUAAUCCUACCUGAGUUACAGAGGAAUAUCAUGAUCUCACAGACAGAGUUCAGUAGAAAAAUGAAGGAAAAGGAAUAGAGAAAUAGAGAGACUGAGACAGAACUUAAAAGAGGUCAGUGAAGCUCACUCAGUACUGGAGAAGAAGGAUGGACAGAUAGAGGAGAAGGAUAGAGAGAUAGAGGAGAAGGAUAGACAGAUAGAGGAGAAGGAUAGACAGAUAGAGGAGAAGGAUGAACAGAUAAAGAAUUAUGCAAUGAUUUGGUUCUUAGUCUUUAUCUUAUUGUCUUUAUUCUUUGCUGUUCAGUAUCAUUGGUCAUUUUUUAAAUAGGAUGAGACCACUGGUGAACAUUUGUAUUGUCAUGCUGGAAAGUCCCAUGAGUGUCCCAUGCGCAGUUUUUGUCCAGAAGAAUGCAAAUUGUCUGCCAGUAUUUGCUGAUAACAUGCAGCAUUCAUCUCCCCAUCAAUAUUCAUUAGUUCCCCUGUGCCUUUAGAGCUCACACAACCCCAAAACAUCAGUGAGCCCCCACCAUGCUUCACAGUGGGGGUGGUAUUCUGUUUACUAUAGGCCUUGUUGACCCCGCUCCAAAUAUUUCACUUAUGGUUGGGACCAUAAUGCUCUCUUUUGGUCUCGUCACUCCAAAUUAUGUUGUGACAGACGCUGUGAGGCGUGUCAAGGGGUUG